UUCUUCGCCAAAACAACAGCCAGCCAGCAGUUUACCAAACAUCUUCAACGGGCAGUCAAAAGAUUGUCAAAACAACUCUAACAAAUAGACCAGCCAUCAUACUUAGAAAAAGUACCUCAAACUCUACAAGCUAUUUUCAUAAUGAAAAGAAAAACGGUUACAAAACACGAGCGGAUGUCAUCUUCUGACGAAGGUUUAUUUGAAAUCGAGAGAUUUAAGAAAUGUUCAAAAACAUUUUUGAUUAAGAAUACUUUAAAUUUUAUAGAUUACACGCUUUUUUUUAACUAUGUUAGAGAUAAAUUAAUUUUAAAGUUAAAAGAAUCAUGUUUACAAUCAUCUAUAAAAUUUAAUUUACAUGUGGAUAGCGUAUACGAAAGAAUACUCACUCAAGAAGUUCGGGACAUAGCUUUCAAAACUUCUAAUACACUUGCAUGUAAUUCAUCCAAUUUCAAUAAAUUACUAAAUGGAAUGUUCAAUAAAUUAUUAUCUGAACAAGACCAGUUUUUAGCGAAAGGAUCUGGGUGGUCCCUUAAAACUAUAGAUGUAUUACAAUUGAGAAUUAAUACAGUGAAUCCUCUCAGAGGAGGAACGUAUCUAGAUCUACCUGAAUAUAUAAAAGAUAAAAGAGCAAUUAUAAAUGUAAAAAAUAACGAUGCUAAAUGUUUUAAAUAUUCAAUACUAUCUAAGUUUGAUAAUCGAUCGAAUAAAACUUAUUUGAAUAAGAAAUAUUUUAAAAUGUUAGAAACAAAAAGUGGUUUAGAUUUUAAAUGUAUUGAUUUUCCAACACCAAUCAGUCAGAUGAAAAAAUUUGAACGUACAAACGAUGUAUCAAUUAAUAUUUAUAGUUUAAAUGAUAAAAAACAUAUUUUUCCUUUGUAUAUUUGUAAUACUGAAAGAAAAAAACAUUUCGAUCUUUUUCUGUUCAAUAAUGAUGAAACAUCACAUUACUGUUAUAUAAAAAAUUUUUCAAGAUUCGUUAGAAGUCAGAAAACUAAAAAUUGUACUAAGCUAAUUAUAUGUAAAAGAUGUUUUACUACUUUUGGGAACAAACCGUGUAAAAGCAAACUUUGGGGUAUGAAAGGAUUGAUUGAACAUCAACAUAAUUGUAGAAAGAACCAAUUAGGGAAACCUAUAAUGUUUGAAGAGGGAGAUGAUGAUUUUAUUUAUUUUAAAAGUUAUAAAAAAACUCAAAGGAUACCAAUUGUUAUUUAUGCAGACUUCGAAUGUAUUUUAACUCCUAAAAAACCUGAUGAAUUCAUUCAGAGUUGUAAAAAAAAAAAAACAUAUAUUACACAUUUACAUGAAAUUAUGAGUUAUGGGUUUUAUGUAAAAGUCGACUAUGAUAUUAUACCAAAAGAGUUAGUAAAACAGUUGAAGAUUCCUAGAAAGGUGGUUAUUUAUAGAGGUGAAAAUGCAGCAAAAAAAUUUAUGGAAAAUAUGAUUGAUAUCGGAAAUAAUAUCAAAACAAUUUACGAAACUGCUACACCAAUGGGUAAAUUAACUGAAAAAGAAGAAAAACGUUUUCAAAGAAUUAAAAGAUGUGAAAAAUGUUCAAAACAUUUUAAAAAAAAUAAUUUAAUUAAAGUUCGAGAUCACUGUCAUUUUACUGGUAAAUAUAGACAAUGUCUUUGUCUCGAAUGUAAUUUUCAAAUAACUAAUCCAUCAUUCAUUCCAAUUUUCUUUCAUAAUUUAUCGUACGAUAGCCAUUUCAUAAUUCGAGAGCUCGGUUGCGAUGAUCAAAAUAUUCACGUUAUUCCUAAUUCAUCAGAAAAAUAUAUAUCCUUCAGCAAGGAAAUCGCACCUAAAUUUAGUAUAAAAUUUGUUGAUACAUUCCGUUUUAUGAGCGAGUCAUUAAGUAAACUUGCGGAAAAUUUAUCUGAAGAUAAGUCGAGAUUUAGAGAAACUCUUAAAAUAUUUUCUGCGGAAGCACUAGAUUUAGUUACACGAAAAGGAGUCUUCCCUUAUGAAUAUGUCGAUAAUUGGAGUAAAUUAGAUGAUACUUUUCUACCAUCAAAGCUAGAAUUUUAUAACUCUUUAACAGACGAGAAAAUUAGUGAUGAAGAUUAUAUACAUGCUAAAAAUGUAUGGCAUACAUUUGAUAUAAAGACUUUAGGUGAAUAUAGCGAUCUUUAUUUAAAAACUGAUGUUAGCAUACUAGCCGAUGUGUUCGAAAAUUUUAGAGACUUAUGUUUAUCUACGCUCGAACUAGAUCCUGCUCAUUAUAUGACUGCUCCCGGGUUUGCUUUUGACUGUAUGCUGAAGUAUACCAAGGUCAAAUUAUCAAGGUUAAAGGAGUAUAACAUGUUGCUUUUCUUCGAAAAAUCGAUUAGAGGCGGGAUAUGCCAAUCAACCAAAAGAUAUGUUAAGGCAAACAUACCAAAUAUCGAAGGAUUGGACUAUAAUGCAAAUGAACCGAUCACAUGGAUUACAUAUCUCGAUUGUGUGAAUUUGUAUGGGAAGUCUAUGUUAACAGAAUUACCUUUUAAAGAUUUUGAAUGGGUUGACGAUCUCAACAUAGAUGUAACUAAAAUCGCUGAUGAUUCAGAAGUCGGAUAUAUAUUAGAAGUUGAUAUUGAGUAUCCUAAACAUCUACAUAAAUAUCAUAAUGAUUUCCCAUUUUUACCGUUUAACGAAUGUCCACCAAAUUCGAAAGUUGAGAAAUUGUUAACUACUUUAUCACCGAAAAAAAACUAUAUUGUACAUUACAAAAAUUUAAAACAAGCAAUUUCUCACGGUCUUAAAGUAGUAAAAAUUCAUCGAGCUAUCCGUUUUUCCCAAAGUAAAUGGAUGGCAUCAUACAUAAAAUUAUGUACAUCUAUGAGAGUACAAGCUAAAAACGAGUUUGAGAAGGAUUUCUGGAAGUUGCUAAUUAAUAGCGUUUUUGGUAAAUGUAUGGAGAAUGUUCGAGCAAGAACUUCUAUAAAACUGGUUUCUUCAGAACAAAAAGCAAGGAAAUUAAUGGCGAAAACUAGUUUUAAAGACAGAACUAUAUAUUCUAAGAAUCUCAUGGCCAUUCAUCAGCAUAAGGAAACAAUUAAAUUCGACAAGGCAAUUUAUGUAGGAUUUGCAAUUUUAGACGUUUCGAAAACAUUUAUGUAUGACUUCCAUUAUAAUGUAAUGAAGAAAAGGUAUGGUACUAAAAUUAGUUCUUUAUAUUCGGAUACUGAUUCCCUGAUAUAUGCUAUCCAAACAACAAAUUUUUUUGACGAUUUAAAAAAUAGUUUAUUACCAUAUUUUGACACAUCUAAUUAUCCUAAAGACCAUUGUUGUUUUAGUGAAAUUCAUAAAAAUCAACCAGGGUUCUUUAAAGAUGAAAUGAAAGGAAUUAUAAUUAAAGAAUUCGUUUCAUUAAGACCGAAAUUAUAUGCUUAUAAAACUAUAGAUGGUGCUGAGAAAAAAAAAGCAAAAGGCGUAAAGAAAUAUAUAAUUAAAAAUCACAUGCAAUUUAACAAUUAUAUGAAUAUACUAAACGCUUUUAUAAACCAUAAAACUCUCAAGGAUGAACAAACUCAUAGAAAAAUGAAUUUUAUCCAAUCAAAUAAACAUGUUGUUCAUUCGAAAACAAUGAACAAACUCGUUCUAAGUGCAAACGAUGAUAAACGUUAUAUAAUGGAUGACGGGAUAAAUACUUUAGCUUAUGGUCACUAUAAACUUAAUGACUCAGUUUAAAAGCGUUAUCUAGCGGAACAAAAUACAGCAAUAUUAUUAUUUUCAUUGAUUUAUUUACCACUAGAUGACGCUUUUUGUUUUUAUCGAUUGUAUAUAUUUAUAUAUAGUUUUCAAAACAGACUAAUGAGGAUCAGGAGAUCAUGUGAAAUAAUUAAUUCGACUUAAUAAAAAAAACUGAUAUUUUAUUUUAUUAAAAAAAAUAAAUAAAUAAAUAAAUAAAUAAAUAUAAUACAUAAAAAAACAUUAUUUUAAAAUAUCUGAUGAUGUUAUCCAUGAAUUUUGACUUGAAUCAAAACCUAACCAUUUAACAAACAUUUUAUUCCCAACUUUUUUUACAAUACGUUCAAUGAGAAAGGUGUUUGGAAAAUCAGUUAAUUUAAUUUCCUGUUCAUAAAAACCACCUAAAAUUAUACUGCCUGAUUCAUCCUUUAGUUGAUAAGUUACUGGAUUUGUCUGUAAAACUUUUGAAACUGUAAAUAUUUCCGUUGUCCAAUUUGGUGUAUAUCCUUUAGUAAAUAUAUGUUUAUACUUAGAUAUUCGUACUUUAUCGUUAACUUUAAAUUUUGGUUUAUACAAUGUUUCAGAAUUUAUAUAUGUGUUAAAUUUAAUUCUGUUUGUACCCAUUCGAGCUUCACUAGGUGUACAUUUGAUUGUUCUGUGUUUUGUGUUAUUAUAGUUAUGUAUAAUUUUUGAUAUUGUAUUGUGCCAAUUCCAUGUGCCUGUUGCAGUAAAAUGUCUAUAUAUAUUAUUUUUAAGAGUUCGAAUCACACGUUCCGCGAUUGAACAUUUGAUAACACUGUAUGAACUGUAAUGCUUAAUUUUAUAUUUUUUCAUUAAAUCUUGGAAUUGGACAU